AUGGGAGAGGUGUAACAGACAUUGGCUGGCAUUCACUUCUCCUAAAGGCGUGGAUCUAGUGUGUGUGUGAGAGAGAGAGAGGCGGGGAGAGACAGGAGUAGUGCGGGACUGCCUCAGAUCACUCCUCGGUGCUAUUGGAGGUAGACUGCAGCCGGCAGCAUGAUUCUGUUCACACUUGGACUAUAUUUUCAACUCCUCUGCUAUGUGGCGUCAUUCUCUUACGUGGAUAAUAUAUUCCCUCUUCCAACAGAUCUCCAGUUGCUGGAAACCAGAAAGAAAUUCAACCCCUGCUGUUUACUGAGUCCACCUCCGCCUCCUCUCUUCCCUCCACCCCCUUCACUGUGGCGGCAGGGCCCUCUGACUGUGACUGAUGUUCCACCAAAUAAAUGGAACUCAGAAGAGAAGCCCAAUCCCACACCCCCGACGUGUUCCCCGGGACUUCCAGGACCAGCAGGACCUCCUGGCCCUCAGGGUCCUGCUGGACUGCCGGGACCAAAGGGACCAAAGGGAGAUAAGGGUGAAAUUGGAAGACCUGGACAAAAGGGUCGCACUGGCCCUCCGGGUCUGCCAGGAAGACAGGGACCAAGUGGAUGGCAAGGACCAACUGGGCCUAAAGGGGAGAAAGGCGACCCUGGGCUGAUGGGCAUGCCAGGAGCAAGAGGACCAAUUGGACCCAAGGGCUUACCUGGACAUAAGGGAGAAAAAGGUUCACAAGGUUUCAGAGGUGAAAUUGGCUUAAAAGGUGACAAGGGAUCAAUGGGUCUUCCUGGAAUGCUUGGCCAGAAGGGUGAAAUGGGCCCAAAAGGAGAACCUGGAAGCUCAGGGAACAGGGGACCCACCGGCCGCCCAGGAAAAAGAGGAAAGCAGGGUACAAAAGGUGACAUUGGUGCAACUGGACCCAUGGGUCCUGCAGGCCCUCAGGGGGCCCCUGGUCAUCCUGGCCCUCCUGGUUUGCCUGCCUCAGGACUGUACAUGGUAGGACAGAAAGGAGAAAAGGGACAACCGGGCAGCCCAGGCCGCUGCGGCUGCAAUGCCCCCUCGGGUGCCAACCCCUCUUUUGAGCACUGGGGCAGCUAUCCCAGAGUGCCAGCGAUCUUUGUGGUGAAUAACGAACAGGAGCUGAACCGCCUCCAGACUGAUAACGCUUUGGCCUUCCGUAAAGAUCAGAGGGUGCUUUACUUCAAAGACGUUGGUGGCUGGAUGCCAAUUCAGUUAACACCGUUCCAGUCGAUGGAGCGUGAUCCUGACCAGGAGGGUUUCUGCGGAGACAGCAUCGUGCAAGUUGAGAACGGAGAGGAGUGUGAUGACGGAAAUAAGGUGGUCACAGAUGGCUGUGUCAAGUGCAAAUUUGCGUAUUGUGGGGAUGGAUAUCGCUAUGAAGAGGCAGAGGAGUGUGAUGGAAAGGAUUUUGGCUUUCACACAUGCAGAUCCUUUUUGCCUGGAUCUUAUGGACAUCUCAAGUGCACAGCAGACUGUUUCAUUGACUCAACAAAUUGCAAGUAUUUUACAUGAGGACACAAGAAAGUAGUGUCUCGUUUCAGCUGGCGAGAUCCGUAUAAACGACGACACUGAAAAGCAUAGAUUCAGCGGAUAAACUGAGAGUAGAAAUCAUUGAGGGAAUUAUCACAAACACAUUAGCUGAACUCCUCUGUUGACAUGAUGGUGAGAGGCCAUGUAGCUCACUCGGGACAGGAACGCUCGGCAAAGCCACGGUUGCGCUCGCGCUCUCAAGAACUCUAACAGGACUUCAGACGCCAUUCUCUGCUCAUUCAGCCUCUGCCGCCUGCCGCUCAGCCCUGGCUCGACGUUUGGCCAACGUGGUUGGCCGCACUAAGAGGAAACAGGUGAGUUGGGUGCCUCUUGAAAAUGGGCAAAGGACUCCUCAAUACCUCAAAGUACUGUAGUACUGUUUUAGAGGAAAGCCGUUUUCUCCUGGUCCACCCCACCUUCCCUCACACAGGGUGCUCUGUAUGUGGAAUGUAAUGUCACAUUGUUACUAUAGUAUUUUGCAUGAGGCUGAGAUUGCUGUAGACAUGUCAGCAGAGAUCAUUACCAAGGCAUGUAACUAAAAAAACAAAAGUGGCUCAUAUCUUUAAAUGUAAUAUUAUGUAGGCUUAGACCAAACUGGUGCUUGGCCUUGGACGCAAUCUAAUAAUUUCAUUAUCUUAAAUUACACUCAUGUAAAUUAGAGUUAGUACAGUUUUGCAUACUGGGUCCAAAAUUAACUUGAUGCCAUACAGCCCAACAGUGGGUGAAUUGGAGGAAAAUGGAAUUUAAAAUCUCAUAAAAUGGCACAAUUGACUCUUCGCAAAUAUCUUCUCACACAGUGAAAAGUACAUUGCAGAGGAAAUUGAAAUGCACCGACAGACAAGACAGAGCAGGAUACUUUUGGUUUAAAACAAAGUCUUGGUUUAAAAUUGUAAGAUUUUCUAAGAAAUUCAUACAGUAAAUACUGUUUUUGGCUCUUUAAUGUGUCGUGAUGGAACGCUGUAGCACCUCAAACGGCACGAGAACUGAUUAUCUCUUCCUUCAGCAGUGGAAAGACGCCAAAGUUCAGCAACAUAAAUCUACUCUCCUGUCUGGUUUGUUUGUCGGACAAAAUUGCAGAUUCUGAGUUAUGAUUGGUUAGACCGCCUAUCAGUCAACUCCGGCGAAGAGUCAAUUGUAAGCCAAAUGUUUAAUUGAUAAACGUAUUGAGUUGCUUGAUAAAGAUGGUUGUUCAUAUCACAUACCAACUUUCACUUCAAAAUUUUUUUUAUACUAAUCAAACAUAACCAAAAUGAUUCCCAGUUCAAUGUGGGAGUCAAACUCAGUAACAUCUCUAAACAAUUCACUGACUGAAUCUGAUUCAAGCACCUUUCUCAAGAGCAAAUUCAAUGCUGUGUCAUAAAUAAAUGUUAGAAAUGUGUUUACCAACACAUAAGUUAGGUAAAUGAGACCCAAAUGUAUAUUCUGAUUGGAAUUCACCCUGUAAUGAUGCUUUCAUUAAUUUCUUUGCAAGUUGGACAUCACAGUUUACGCUUUGUUGCAUUCAAGAAAAACUAGCAUGCACUCUUAUGAGAUCAGAAUGAUAUGUGAUUAAAUCACAUAUGGAAAAGUAUCGACUAGACUUUGAAUUUUCGUUAAAGGUACAUUUUUGUCACAUUUGCGAUCAUUUUUCUCACCCUUAUUGUAUGUGAAACUCUACCUCUCAUAAACCAUACACUCAUUUUAGUGGUUUAUUGCAGUUUGCAUUAUGUUGCAGCGACACAAAAGGCCAGUAAAUCCAUUCACUUACUCACCAGAUUUCCAUUUUACUUUAGUUUGGCACAUGGCAGGUGUUAUUUUUGGACCCUGGGUAUGAAUGGGUUUUUUUCACAGACUAUUAAAUGUAAAAAGGCUGCAUAAAUGUACUUAACAGUAACCACAAUAAUACUACUGUUACUACUACUGUUUAAGAUUAGAAGACCCUGCUUUCCAGGCUCUCAGUAUGCUUUAUGGGGUCACACUUAGAUUUACAUUUCCGUCAUAUCUCAGGAAACCACUUAAAGAUAUCCAUAACCCCUCCACCUCCAUGUGUGGAGCAGGGUGCACAUAUUCCAGUUUAGCUUAGUUCCACGCUGUUGUCUUGUGCUUCAAGAUCUUGAAGUAAAGCAAACACUGCUUAUUUAUUGGGUUAUGGGUCUGAAGAUCUUAAAAAAGGGAGGAAAAACCAACCAAUCUCAAUGAGGUAACCUAACUAUUUUAGUGUAAGCAAAUGAUAUACAGUUGAGGUCAAAAGUUUACACACACCUUGCAGAAUCUGCCAAAUGUUAAUUAUUUUACCAAAUAAGAGGGAUCAUGUGAAAUGCAUGUUAUUUCUUUUUUAGUACUGACCUGAAUAAGAUAUUUCACAUAAAAGACGUACAUAUAGUCCACAAGAGAAAAUAAUAGUUGAAUUUGUAAAAAUGACCCUGUACAAAAGUUUACAUGUGCUUGGUUUUUAAUACUGUCUUAUUACCUGAAUGAUCUACAACAGUUGAACUGCUUGCAUUUCUUCAGAAAAAUCC